AGCAGCCGCCGACAAGGACCUUUAUAAUGUUUACAAUGUAAACUUUACAUAUUAAGGAUUUAUUACAAAACGGGAAAAACAAUGGAGAUAUUAAGAUUGUUUUUGAUUGCACCUUUGAAACACCAUGGCAACCGGUAGAAGUCGCGUUAACCAGGAGUCUGGUUUUUUCGACAUCGGAAAACCGCAAUUCAAAGUGCCACAGUCGCUGCGCGUCGAACACGACUUCUAUAGCUCGCGGCUCUUGCAGAAGAUGCAGUACGACCUGGAGAAGGUAAACCGUAGCAUGGAGCGCUCCAGGGAGAACCCCAUGACCAGGGACUUCAUCGAGAAGUCGGUGAUGACGCAGGAAAUGCAGCAGCUAAAGCGCGAUGAGUUUGUGGAGAAGAAGCGCCGCCAGCAAUUGCGCCGGGAUUGCGAAGAACUGCGCGAAUUGGCGGAGCAACUGCGUCUUGCUGCCAUUUCCAAGGAAAUAGCUGAGAACCUGGCGGAGAGGGAGCGCAUGCGACAGCUGGCAGUCAAAGUGGAGGCCCGGGAAGUGGCGGAGGAGCGAUGUCUGUGGGAGGCCAAACAGCGCGAGAAGGAAGCCGCUCUUAAGGAGGAGCAACGUUGUCUCAGGGAAUCCCUUGCAAAACAAAUGGAGGAGAACCGUCGGCGUCGCCAACAGGAGCAAGCCCAGGUGAUGAACGACAGAGAGCUUAGUUUGCUGCGUCAGAAGCAAAUCGAGGAUGAGGAUCGCGCUCGCCAGUUGGAAGUGGAGCGAAAGAAGUUGCAAAAACGCCAGGACAUGCUGCAGUCCAUCAAGGAGAACCAAGAACACAGGGAAAGGCAGCGGGCGCAGAAUAACCAAGAGUUAGGUGAUCUGUUCCAGAAACAGACCGAAAUUGAGCGCAGAAAGCUGCAGCUUGAGGAAGAACGCCAGGCGGUGCAGCGUAAGAAGCAGGAGAUCAGCAUUCGCCUGGGCCAGCAGGUCCUGGAAAUAGAGAACCAAAAGCGCCAUCGGGACCAUCUGCUCCUGGAUCUUCUAGAGGCGGAGUACACGGCCAAGAGCGACGAGCGCUUCCGCCAGCAGAUGCAGCAGGAGCAGAUGGAGCGCAGGCGCACCAGAGAAGAAUUGGAUCGCUAUCGCCAGGAGGUGGAGCACCGCAAGAUGGCCCAGAUGCAGCUUAAGCGGACGGAGAUAGCCAAGCGUCAAAAGGAGUCGCCGGAAGUUAGCAACCAGGAGACAGAAAAGCAAUUGGAGGAUUACCGCAAGCGGAGGGCACACGGAGCCAUGUUGCUAGCCAUGAUCGAGGAUAAUCAGAGAAAGCGGGCGGAUGCCACGGCGGAAAGUGUCCAGUACUUUGACAUGAAGGCCAAAUCGGACGCCGAGCAACAGGAGCGCAUCAAGGAGGAGCGACUGGCCAUGUUGGGAAAGGUCCCCGCAUCAGUUCUUCGAUAUCUGCCCAAACAUGUCCUGACCUCCCAAGAUCGGGAGGUCUUCUGUCGGCAAGACGAUCAGGCAAGGGGUGGCGGCGAUUCUUAGCCUUCCGGGUCUAUUCCAAGGUGAUAUUUUCAAAGGUCGUGUUAUUUUUAUAGGGCCCCAACAUAUAGAAUUUUAAAUUGAACGCGCGCCAUUUUGCGUACGUGACGUGUAUCAUUUAGGCACAUGGCGUUGCCAGAAGGUUGUACUUCUCCAAGCAACAGCCACACCUCGGAUAAAUGGGUGCGUUUAGCACUAAGUGAUUUUUAGCUAAGAACUGCCUACAAUGUAAUCAGUCCCCAAAAAAUAAUAAAUACAUAUUUGGGAAACAUUA